AUGAAUCACAACAACUCUUCCAUCGACAAUGUCGACAAGGAGAAAGACCGAAUCAAUGACAUGAAUGCUUCAGACAUCAGCAUAGCCGUCGAGAAAGAGUCAUCGCCGGCGGCUGUUGUGAAUACUGAACAACCACCCACCGACGUCAUUCCUGCAGCUGAACCACCUCCUGCACCAAAUGGUGGCUAUGGUUGGGUUUGUGUCGCUUGUGUGGCUAUCAUCAAUGCACAUACAUGGGGGUUGAAUUCCUCUUACGGUGUCUUCCUCGCGUACUACCUGGCCAACAACGUCUUUCCUGGAGCCACAUACCUCGAAUUCGCCUUCGUUGGAUCGUUGUCGAUUGCCUGUGCAUUGCUCGUCUCACCGGUGGCUACCAUCUUCACUCGCAAGUUCGGAACCAAGACUACGUUAUUCACGGGAGUAGCUUUCGAAACUGCAAGCUUGAUUGGUGCGAGCUUUGCGAGCCAGAUAUGGCAACUGUUCCUCAGUCAAGGUGUUUGCUUUGGCUUUGGCAUGGGAUUCUUGUUUGUUGGAUCUGUGGGUAUUGUCCCUCAAUGGUUUACCACGAAAAGAAGUUUGGCGAAUGGCAUAGCUACUGCCGGGUCUGGUUUGGGAGGUUUGGUGUACUCGUUGGCGACCGGAGCGAUGAUUCCUAGUAUCGGACUGCCAUGGGCCUUCCGGGUGCUGGGAAUCAUAGCAUGUGUGGUCAAUGGUGUUUGUGCGAUGUUGGUGAAGGACAGAAACAAGGCAAUCGGAAGCUCACAACUGGCAUUCGAUGUGCAGCUGUUCAAGCGGACUGAAUAUCUGCUGUUGCUAGGCUUUGGUUGGUUCAGUAUGCUGGCAUACGUGGUCUUGCUCUUCAGUCUGGCCAACUUCGCCCGCAGCGUCGGCCUCACAGCAACUCAGGCUUCUACAGUCUCAGCCAUUUUCAACCUCGGACAAGCUAUUGGUCGUCCACCUAUAGGAUACUUCAGCGACAACAUUGGCCGCAUCAACAUGGCGACUCUUAUGACUUUCAUUUCUGGCCUCUUUGCUCUUGUCAUAUGGACGAAUGCGAAAAGUUUUGGCGUCCUCAUCUUCUACGCCAUCUUCGGUGGCACGGUUGCAGGUACAUUCUGGACAACAAUUGCUCCCGUCACAGCCGAAGUCGUCGGUCUUCGCAAUGUUCCUGCUGCAUUGAACAUCUGCUGGUUAGUCCUCGUCAUCCCUUGCACCUUUUCUGAGCCUAUCGGCCUUGAGAUUGUGUCGUUUGACGGUGGAUAUCUGGGAGCACAACUGUUCACUGGUUUUAUGUACGUCGGCGCAGCUGUGUGUGCACUCUUCCUCAGAAGUUGGAAGAUUGCCGAAGUGGACGAGAUCGAGGCCCUACAGGAUGUUGGAGACGUAAAUGCCGUGGCUAUUGAGACAAAAGUGGCCGAGAGUGUAAAAGAAGUCGCAAGAAAGACGGCGAGAAAAAGGCUGCUUGGUUGCAUCUGGAGAUGGAAGAAGGUGUGA